AUGGUCAUGGUAGCAGAAGAAAAAUAUCAGAAUGUCCCCCCAGAGAAUAACAACAGCAAUAGGCUGGAUGAUGAGAUCGAAGACCUGAUUUAUUACGUAAGGACAAACGACAUUGAGGAACUUAAAAAAAUCCUUCAACAUGGAAACAUAAGCUCAAUUAACGAUGUGAAGGACGAAAAUGGGAACACACUCCUACAUUUUGCAUGCGCAAAUAACACUGUGGACAUGAUUCGCUUCCUGCUAUACGAGUGCACAAUUGGACAUAACCAAGUGAAUACCAGUGGAAAUAGCCCCCUCAUGUGGGCCAUACAGAAUAAGCAUUGUGAAGCUGUUAAGGAAGUGCUACUUUUCGACUAUCUUUUAUAUAGGAAAGAAUAUACAGCAGUGGAAAGAAAGAAAAACGAACUGUACGAACAUAUGAGGAAAGAUUUUUUGGAAAUUCACCUCGUGAAGGACGGCUACCAGCUAAGUGCCCAUGUCAAAAAUAAAAUCAACUCCAUGAAUUUUUUCGCGAGCAUUUUCUUUGACGAUGAUGAUGGCAGCUUCGGAAAUGGCGACAACAUGCAGGGUGUUGGAGGUGCUACUUUAAACAUCCAGGGGAAAACGUGGGGGAAGCAAAUUCGCCUGUACAAGGAAGCCAACAAAAUCGACCUACUGAAGAAAAAUGAAUUCAACAAGAGCAUUCUGUCGGAGGCCUUCAACGCCCAGGACGAAAAUAUCUUGCACCUUGUUCUGAGCCAUCCCAUAUCGAGUGUGCUUGACGAUCAGGAUGCGCGCGCGGUGAGUGGCAUGAGCAGCGGUGUGUUAAGCGGCGUAGCCAACGGUGAGAACGGUGCACGCAAUAGCCACGACGGAACAGCGUUCACGACAAACUUAGAGGAUGCAAAAAUAAUUCAGGAAUGCACCCACGAAUUGCUCAUCAACGAAAAAGCAAAAGUAAAAAACGAGGAAAUCGAAGAACAGGCCAUCAUACGUAUAAGAGAAAUUGGACUAAACUAUUUUGGGAAUUCAUUUGAGGAUGGCAAAACAUCUGGAGAAGAGGUCCAUUCGCAUAAUGACAUCACCGGGAUUAACAUUUGGGAGUGCUGCCUCGUGAUCAGCAAAUGGAUCUCCGACUUGUGCCUCCAGAAUGCCACUCUAUUUAGCAACAAAGCAGUCUUAGAACUCGGUGGAGGGACUGGACUAGCCAGCAUUUCGCUUUUCACACAUGCGAACGUCUUUCGCGACGGAAAUGAGCAGGGACCGAACCAAGUUGUCAUUACUGAUGUCAACCCAUUCACUCUAAGUAACAUUUCGCAUAAUGUCUCAUUAAACGAAGAACUCCUUGGAAACCUAGAUUCAGAAUGGAGGCGUAAAAUAAAAAUAUGCAACAUUGAUUGGACCAAUGAGAAUACUUACCCACGUGAAAAUGAGCAGAUGGUCACAUAUGACUACAUUAUUGGGAGUGAUUUAAUAUACGAUAAGAAAAUCGUCCCGUCACUUAUCCAUUUAAUUAACUUAACUUUAAAACCGAAGGGCACUUUUCUGUAUGUGUGUAGGAAGAACAGGGAUGGGUCACAAGAAUUCUUUGAUGAAUUACAAAAUGGAAAUUACGACAUACAGUUGUUCACCCCCCCGAGUCACUACUUUAUCAGCUCCUUCCUCAACUUAAGUCAGGACUUGUAUGAGGCAAAGUUCUCCGAGUUUACCGACGCCUCAAACUUUGUGAUGAUGCGAUGCCAAAAGUACUAG